AUGAACCAGUCUGAACUGACGACAGACCCUUCGAUCACUGCCAACAUCAGCCAUGGAGACUCCUUUCCUGGCAGGGCCUCGAACCACUCCUGUCCCUUGGGCUGGGGGCUGAAUGGAGGCCUGGAUGCUUGUAUUCUGGAGACCGCUGUCAUCGUGCUGCUAACUGUACUAAUUAUUGCUGGGAACUUGACGGUGAUCUUUGUGUUCCACUGUGCCCCUCUGCUGCACCACUACACCACCAGCUACUUCAUCCAGACCAUGGCCUACGCCGAUCUGCUGGUGGGGCUCAGCUGCUUGGUUCCCACCCUGUCGUUACUCCACUACCCAACCAGUGUCCAGGAGCCAGUCACAUGCCAAGUUUUCAGCUAUGUCAUCUCUGUUCUGAAGAGUGUUUCAAUGGCCUGCUUGGCCUGUAUCAGUGUGGACCGGUACCUGGCUAUAACGAAGCCGCUGUCCUACAACCAGCUGGUGACUCCGUGCCGUCUACGAGGCUGCAUCACUCUCAUCUGGGUCUAUUCCAGCCUGAUUUUCUCGCCCUCCUUCUUUGGUUGGGGUAAGCCGGGCUAUCACGGGGAUAUUUUCGAGUGGUGCGCACACUCUUGGCCCACCUCCGCCCUCUUCACAGGCUUUGUGGUGUGCUUGCUCUAUGCGCCUGCUGCCCUUGUGGUCUGCUUUACCUAUUACCACAUCUUCCGCAUUUGUCAGCAACACAACAGGGAGAUCAGCGAACGACGUGCACGUUUUCCCAGCCAGGAGAUGGAGGCCGGUGAAGGGAAUGGUGGCGGGCAUCAUGGGGGGCACGGGCCGGAUCGGCGCUACGCGAUGGUACUCUUUCGCAUUACCAGUGUUUUCUAUAUGCUUUGGCUGCCCUACAUAAUCUACUUUCUUCUAGAAAGCUCUCACGUGCUGGACAGCCCUGCCCUCUCCUUCAUAACAACUUGGCUGGCCAUUAGCAACAGCUUUUGCAACUGUGUCAUCUACAGCCUGUCUAAUAGUGUGUUCCGGCUGGGCAUGCGUAGGCUCUCGCAGACCAUUUGCUCCUUCAGCCACUGUGCUGCAGAUGACCGGGACUUUGGCGAGCCUAAACCAAGAAAGAGGGCAAACUCGUGCUCCAUCUGAAGCCAUGUCUCCUACAGGAUGAGGAAAUACGAAUCCCAGCAUGCUUAGCAGCUAGUUAACUCGUAGUUAAAUUGGCAGGGCUCAGUGGAUAACUGUAUCAACCUUUUUAGCUGAUAACUGUGACAUUAUCUUGGGCACUGGUAAUUGCAUUAAAAGCCUUUCAAGGAGAUGAAUGCAGCAUCUCAACUGAGAUUUCAAGUGAAAUGGGCGCUCUGUGGUGGCUUUUACUCUACAUUACAGCGAAGGCUUUCUUAGCCUUUACAUCUCUGUGCACAUCAUCAAUGAGAUCGGAUCUACCGGAAAGACAAAACUGUAAAUGCCAAAACAUUCAUAGAUAUCUCCUCACAAAUCAAAUGUGACCAUGCCGUUUCACGUCUGUUAACCUUUGCUAGUGGUUGUGAUUCAGAGCAACCGUCUAAUGGAUGUCUUCAUGCUCUUUGUGUCUGUCAUCAGUAGAUACAGUGUAAUCUACAGUAGUGCUCACAAACCUGUUUAAAGGUUCUAAGUGGAUAUUAGACGUAUCCAUAUAAAUGUUACACAUACGACAGUGACAGCAGCCAGUGUGCUGCUGUGACAAAUAAGACGCUAUAUGGCUUUGACUGUUUUCAAGAAGGAAGUGAGCAGAUGGAGUUAUGUCAGGUGUUCUGCCCCUCCCCCCGCGCGAUUGGGUGAUCGGUUACAGCUGAAAUUUAAGCUAAAGAUUUUACGACAUGAAUAAAUGCUGCUAAUCUCAGAAAGUAAACUUAAUGUAAUUCUGUUCUGACAGUUAUGCAGCAUUAUACCAAGGGACUGUGCAGCUUUAGCAUUAAAACCUUUAAAUGAACUUAAAGUCC